AUGAACGCAACCGUAUCCAUGUUUAAUACUUCCACACCUACCCCAGGCUGGCAACCUGGCCCUACUAUCGAUCCACUCUUAAUUAAAGUAUUGCAUGGGAUAUUUGCUACAUUAUCCAUACUUGGCAAUACAUUUGUAAUUGCAAUAUUUCUAUCUAGUAAAAGUUUAUACCAGCAAGCAUCCAGUAAAUUUGUCUUGUCAUUGGCCUUCGUGGAUGCAUUAACAGGCGUAAUUGUCUUUAUUUCGCCACGAAGUAUUUUAGAUGGUGUUUUCCAACUUACGCCUGGCACAACUACUGAUGUCCUAUGUAGUAUUCUGUAUUCCGAUUACUUCUUUUACUCUUUGGGUAUUAUAUCGGUUUAUCUUAUUACUGGCCUCAACAUUGAGCGUUGCUUCAUGGCUAUAAAACCUUUUCGGUACAAAGUUGUCUUUAAACCGCGCUUGACUAAUUUUAUGAUUGCAGUAGCCUUUAUCCUUGGGUUUGUAGUCAAUGCUCCGAAUUUAUACCAAAGUCACUACGAUCCUCGUGGAUUUUGUAAUUGGCGGGACUUGCCUGGGGGUAUUGCAUUUAAUCGUGCUAUCUACUUUAUUCUCUUCAUGAUGAAAUUUGUUCUACCACUGGGAAUAUCAUUCAUUUGUUACGGUUUAAUUGUCAGAGCUUUCAAAAUCUCUCAUCAAAAAAUUGUCGCAAACGAAAAUUCUCAAGUACAUGGUGAUCAAAGUGCAUUUAUGAUGCGCCAAGUGACUAUCAUGGCCUUUAUUACUACCUUGGUUUACUUUAUAUGUUGGGCACCUAAUCAGAUAUACUUUACUCUAAUUAAUUUUAAAGUUUUACAGCUGCAACAUUUUCCUCGCUUCUUUUUCGUUAUCUUAAUCAUGAUAAAUUCAGUCGUCAAUCCUAUAAUUUAUAUGACCGUAAAUUAUCGCUACCAACAACAGUGUCGCCAUCUUUUCUCAAGAUUACGCUCAACGUUUCCUAAUUCAACUGCUAACAGCUCUUCGGUAUUAAUUUCGAUGCGCAGCUAA